GGAAAUCAUGCUUUCUUCUUGACAAACACCUCUAUCAAGAUGUACUUGAACGAGGAUUACGCUGAACAUGAUCAAGAUGCAUUAUUUGAUCUGAUUGAAGAACAUAGACUAGGCGUCCUAACAACAGCCAUCGAAUCAGAUUCUUUUCCCUUUUUACAAUCAACACACAUUCCCUUUGUCUUGGAUCGAAAAGGUGGUAAAAAAGGCAUUCUUCGUGGUCAUAUCGCCCGUGCAAAUCCGCAUGCAAAACAACUUGUACAGUACCAUCGAUCAAAGUUGGAGCAAGCAGGUUCAUCCUCUGAUCCUCACGUACCGACAGAUCGCGUUUCUACCAUCUUCACACACAAAACGCAAGCAUACGUUACCCCGAGAUUUUACCUUGAAACCAAACCUUCAACCGGGAAAGUGGUGCCAACGUGGAAUUAUGCUGCCGUUGAAGUACGUGGUGCUUUGCGUAUCAGAGAAUCAGGAGAGUAUAUCGUCAAACAAAUUUCUGACUUGACGAGCGAUAUGGAAAGAUCAUUCAAUCCGUCAGAAAACACUAAGAGUGAAAAUGAUCAAAGAACGCAAGACUAUGAAGGAUGGAAAGUAUCUGAUGCGCCAGAGAGAUAUGUGAACUUGAUGACAAAAGCAAUUGUGGGAAUAGAAAUCGAAAUUGAAAAUAUAGAAGGAAAGUACAAGAUGAGUCAAAACAAGACGGGAGGUGAUCUUACUGGCGUGAUAGAGGGAUUUAAGUCACUAAACACAGAAGAAGCAAGAGAAAUGGCAGAUUUGAUACAAGCUCGUUCAAAAAAUUCGCGGUAGUAGAUAAUGAUGGAUUAUCAG